AUGCUGGAUUUCAUGGACUACGUCCAGCUCGCCUUUGCGGAGGCGACUAAUUGGAAUCAGGACAAUUCCUACUCGGCGCUCACAACUACCGCGCAGUCGAUUCUGGAAUUCGAGACCCCCGAAAGAUUGCGCGUUCGUCUCUCAUCGCUUUCAACUCCUCAUUUCGCCACCAGCUAUACACUCGGAACGGUCGGGUUACUGGAUGGGUCUAUCUCAUACCUCUUCAGCACGGUUCCUUUGCACAACACCCCCAGCCGGAGCGCCUUGAUCCCCCUUCGAAAGAUCUCUCCGGGCUACCGACAAGUACAGGCCCCCGAGGCUCCAGUUCUCACAUGGGGAUGGGACUCUCUUCUUGAUGGCGUCAGAAUUCCCGGGCUGAAUGGCGGCUCACGCUCAGCGACUGUGGCACACAAGGAUGGCAACCUGACAGCAGAAGACGAGGCGCAGCGAAAGGCAACACUUCUGCAUGCCUCGCUACAUCUCCCAUCACCUACCACACUAUAUGCGCUUUUUCUGCGCCGAAUGUCUCCGACAACGCAGCUCUCGCUUGCAGUCUGUUCUACUCAGGGACCGCCAAUGUCAAAGUCCGCACCACAAGCAUCAAUGCUAGCCCAACUAUCCCAUGACACUGGAAAGUACUGCAACGAGUAUCUCUUCAGUACGGACAAUUCCCUCUUUGGCUGGCGUGGCCUCUGGAACUUCGGCGCCGAUCCUCGAUAUACUCCCGCGAAUGCGCCUCCCCGUCUCUCUCUUCUAUCUGCCGGCGCAGAGGCGUAUUACUCUCCAGUUUCCUCGAUAAUUGGCAUGUCCACUGGCCUGCGAUUCAGUACGCUUCCUGCUGCGACUGAAGUACCAUCUUCCACCUCUUCCUCGUCUUCAACCAACCAUCCGACCCCCAUCUCCACCUUCCCGUAUACGUUAACCUUAACUCUCACCCCCAUCACCGGCUCUUUAUCUACAACGUACUCCCUCCGUGCCUCACCCAAUCUCUCCUUCAGUUCUCGCUUCGGCUUCAAUGUAUACAGCUGGGAAAGCGAGAUGGUCGCCGGAUGUGAACUCUGGCGCCGAGCUGCAAAAUCCACAUCCCCCGCCGACGACGGACUCGAAUGGGCCCGCCGUAAAAUGCGCCUGCAUGACUUUUCCGCUCCUCUCCCGGGCUCCCCGCCAUCCUCUCCACUCCUGUCCGACCCGGUUCAACCCGAGUCUGCCAUCAAGUCGGUCGAAAGCAGCGAGGGCGAGGCGACUGACUCGGUUAUCAAGCUUCGCAUUGACCAGUCCUGGAACGUGCGACUGCUCUGGGAAGGCCGAGUGAAGGAAUUGUUGGUGAGUGCGGGUGUUGGGCUGGGCCCUGGCUCGUUCUCGCUGGCGCCGAAUGUUUCCUCCGCGGCGGGGAGUGGGUCGGCGCAGGGUGGAGGCCCGUCGUACUGGCGUGGAGUUGGGGUGUCGGUGAUGUAUUCAUCAUGA